AUGUCCACCGCUACCACUACUACCGUGUACAAGGGUUCUGCCAACGGAAAGGUUGUUGAACACCAUAUUCCAACAAACAAGGAUAUCUUGAAACCUGAUCAAGUUCUUGUCAAAAUCACCCACUCCGGGCUAUGUGGUACGGAUGAACAUUACAAGACCCAGGACAUGGUUCUAGGCCACGAGGGGGUCGGCGUGGUCGAAAGUGUAGGCGGAGCAGUCAAAGAUCUGAAGAUUGGCGACCGUGUUGGAUGGGGCUAUUGCCAUGGAAGCUGUGCCUUGUGCCAUUAUUGCCGGAACGGGAAGCAUGUCUACUGCGACCAGCGCCAGCUGUAUGGCAUGUCGAACCUAGAUCAAGGCUCCUUUGCAUCUCACGCUAUAAGGAACCAGUCAUUUCUAUUCAAGGUCCCGGACUCCAUCUCGUCUGCUCAAGCAGCCCCGUUGAUGUGUGCCGGCGCGGCCGUGUAUUCUGCACUUAAAGCCGCCCAGAUCCAUAAUGGCUCACGGGUAGGUGUCCUGGGAGUCGGCGGCCUCGGCCACCUGGCCAUCCAGUUCGCCGAACAAAUGGGUGGCCAUGUGGUGGCAAUGUCCCACUCCCCGGGCAAAGAGGCCGACUCUCGGAGCUUCGGCGCCUCUGAGUUUGUCUGCCUGAGCGGAGCGAAGUCCGGGAGCAGUCCCGAAGGGCUGAAGCUGCUGGAUGUCAUCUUGCUCGCUGGUUCCCAACAGCCGGACUGGAAGGCUAUCGUUCCAAUGCUCCGGCGAGGUGGAGCCAUUUUCGCAAUGACGGUUGAUCCGGAGGAUUUGAAAGUCUCGUACAUGGAUCUGGUGAUGAAUGCAAUUUCGGUUCGCGGUAGUUUGCCGUGCUCGCCUCCUUUGCACCAAGAAAUGUUGGACUUUGCGGCAGCACACAAGGUGCUCCCUGUCAUCGAGUCUUUUGCUUUCACGGAGAGCGGGAUCAACGAGGCUAUGGAAAAGCUUCGAAGUGGGAAAAUGCGAUACCGGGGAGUCGUGUCUCGGGAUUGGUAG